AUGGAUGGCACAAGGUUGGUAUUUUUAAAACAAGUACAAAACUCCCCAGCUGGGCAAAAGGUUCGUUUUUUGGGUUAUGUUCAGUCUUACGAUAAUGGAAUUUUACGCCUUCAAGAUGAAUCAAGUAUUGUUGAAUGCGAUUUGGCUGCAGUCCUCGGAAACCUAAAGAUUCAAAUACGAGAAUGGUUGGACAUUGUUGGUCGUAAAUGCUCAGAUGGAAAGAUUGAUGUAUUAUUAGUGCGGUCAGUAGUAGGAAUGGAUCUUCCAAAGUAUAGGAAAACACUUCAAUGGCGACAGGAACUUGAGUCGGAAUGGAAUCGUUUUUAA